AUGGACGAGCGCCGGAGCUUGCUCUACUCUCCAGCCGCUUCCUCCACCAGCCGGCAUCCUCGGGGCGGCUCAACCAGCAGCCACCACAACCUGGGCUACACCGAGCAGCCGCCCCCCGCCGCCCCCCAGGCGGUCCCCGACCAAGAGGAGGAAGAAGGUGAAGAAGGGGAGGAAGGCAGCAUGACGGUGGUGGGGGGCGGAGGCGGCGGAGACCCUUUGCUAGAAGAACCACAACCCCCUCAGCCCGCGCUCGGCGGGGACCGCUACGAUCAGCCCCCGACUCCAGCCGCCCUCCCUGCCGGCCAGCCCGCGGACGGCGGGGAGCAGGAGUGCUGCGAGCGGGUGGUGAUCAACAUCUCGGGCUUGAGGUUCGAGACCCAGCUGAAGACCUUGGCACAGUUCCCCGAGACGCUGCUGGGGGACCCCCGCAAGAGGAUGCGCUACUUCGACCCCCUCCGCAACGAGUACUUCUUCGACCGCAACCGGCCCAGCUUCGACGCCAUCCUCUACUACUACCAGUCGGGGGGGCGAAUCAGGAGACCUGUCAACGUCCCCAUCGACAUCUUCUCCGAGGAAAUCCGCUUCUACCAGCUCGGGGAGGAGGCCAUGGAGAAGUUCCGGGAGGACGAGGGUUUCAUCCGGGAGGAGCAGCGGCCGCUGCCCGACAAGGAGUUUCAGCGCCAAGUGUGGCUCCUCUUUGAGUACCCUGAGAGCUCUGGGCCAGCCCGAGGCAUUGCCAUUGUCUCUGUUCUGGUCAUCCUUAUCUCUAUUGUCAUCUUCUGUCUGGAGACCCUGCCCGAAUUCAGGGAGGAUCAUGACUAUGAGGGAACUGGAGGGACCUUCGGGACAGGUGGUGGCCCUCUGCCACCUGAUGUCUUCACCAACUCUUCGUCCUCGGCUGCUUCCAUGGUGUCGUCCUUCACCGACCCUUUCUUCGUAGUGGAGACUUUGUGCAUCAUCUGGUUCUCCUUCGAGCUGCUGGUCCGCUUCUUUGCCUGCCCCAGCAAGGCCACCUUCUCCAAGAACAUCAUGAACAUCAUUGACAUUGUGGCCAUCAUCCCUUACUUCAUCACGCUGGGCACUGAGCUGGCCGAGAGGCAAGGCAACGGCCAGCAGGCCAUGUCCUUGGCCAUCCUCCGAGUCAUCCGCCUGGUCAGGGUCUUCCGCAUCUUCAAGCUCUCCCGGCACUCCAAGGGGCUGCAGAUCCUGGGCCAGACCCUCAAGGCCAGCAUGAGGGAGCUGGGCUUGCUCAUCUUCUUCCUCUUCAUCGGCGUCAUCCUCUUCUCCAGCGCCGUCUACUUCGCUGAGGCCGACGACCCCAGCUCAGGUUUCAGUAGCAUCCCCGACGCCUUCUGGUGGGCCGUGGUGACCAUGACCACGGUGGGCUAUGGGGACAUGCACCCCAUCACCAUCGGGGGCAAGAUCGUUGGCUCUCUGUGCGCCAUCGCCGGGGUGCUGACCAUCGCCCUGCCCGUCCCUGUCAUCGUCUCCAACUUCAACUACUUCUACCACCGGGAGACGGAAGGCGAGGAGCAAGCUCAAUACAUGCACGUCGGCAGCUGCCAGCACCUCUCCUCCAGCGAGGAGAUGAGGAAGGCUCGCAGCAAUUCCACCCUCAGCAAGUCUGAGUACAUGGUGAUCGAGGAAGGGGGAAUCAACCACAGUGCAUUCAAACAGGCUGCCUUUAAGACGGCCAACUGCACAAGCACGAACAAUCCCAACUGUGUGAACAUCAAAAAGAUCUUCACGGACGUUUAA